CAUCUCAAAAAGUACAAACAUUCACUGUUCAAAUCCUUCAAUGUACUGUACUGCUUGUGGACUGUUUUUGGAGUGUUGAAUGUUUCUGUCAGAUUUAUUGAGGAAUAUAGAGAUGCCCUCCCAGGUUUGUCUGGCCCUGUUGGAGCUGAAAUGAGUUGGUUUCAGUGUGGACGAGUGCGAGAGACAAAAACGUGAUGCAAGCCAAACUUUCAGCGUUGGAGUCAGAAGCUUACAGCCUGGCAGGACACACCUUCUCCCUCACCAGCGUCGAUGACGUAGUGCAGGUGUUGUUCUUGGAGCUUCAUUUACCUCCUAAUGGUGAUGCAGGUGGACCAAGGAGUAAGAAGACUCUGGGUUACACCAGGAGAGGUGGAGGCAGAGCACGCCUUGGGAAGCACUUCAGCACCACCAAGGAUGUUCUGGAGAAACUCCGCCCCCUGCACCCUUUGCCAGAUGUGAUUCUAGAGUGGAGAGGGUGA